UCGCGCAUUCCUCCCUUACUUACCUCUCUUUCUCUCCCCGACUGUCUUGCUGUCUGUUCAAACUUUUCUUCCUGUAACUUCAGGCACGCUGCGGGGAGUUGGUUGGACAUAGUCGUAAAGGAGGCGGGGAGUGAACUUUUAGCUGCUGUUGGCUACAUUUGUUUUUUAUAUAUAUAUAUAUUUUGUUUGUUAGAGAUGGGGUGGGGAAACAUUUACAGGAGACGUGCGAAAGUAUUUACUUUGGCCUUGAUAAUUUACAUUGAUUAUAAGGCUUUACAGAAAAGAGAGAAAUUCAUGAAGAAACCGAAAAGUGAUGCAUUGUGGAAGAAGGCCCAUGAGCGGAAUGCUAAGCGUGUUUUUAAUUUGAUGGUAGAGUUGGAAGGUUUGUGGGUGAAACUUGGACAGUAUUUGUCCUCACGUGCUGAUGUGCUUCCUUCUGCUUUCAUUUCAAUUCUCAAGCAGUUGCAGGACUCUCUCCCUCCUCGUCCGUUUGAAGAGGUUUGUCACACUAUCGAGAAAGAACUAGGGAAAUCCACGAAGGAGCUUUUCUUGGAUUUUGACAAAAAUCCUCUGGCAACAGCAUCGAUUGCACAAGUCCAUCAUGCGACAUUAAUUGAUGGGCAGAAGGUGGUUGUUAAAGUUCAACAUGAAGACAUCAAGAAAAUCAUAUUGGAGGAUUUAAAGGAUGCAAAAUCCAUUGUUGACUGGAUAGCAUGGGCAGAACCGCAGUAUAACUUCAGCCCUAUGAUCGAUGAAUGGUGCAAAGAAGCUCCAAAAGAACUCGACUUCAACCACGAAGCAGAGAAUACCAGAACCGUGUCUCAAAAUCUUGGCUGCACAAGCAAAUAUGAUAGCAACAAGCCCAUCAAUCAAGUGGAUGUUUUGAUUCCAGAGGUUAUUCAGUCGACAGAAAAAGUUCUGAUUUUGGAAUAUAUGGAUGGAAUUCGCUUGAAUGACUUUGAAUCCCUAGAAGCUUGUGGUGCUAACAACCAAAAGAUUGUUGAAGAAAUCACACGGGCCUUUGCCCAUCAAAUAUAUGUUGAUGGGUUUUUUAAUGGUGACCCUCAUCCUGCUAUGGAUUUUAUCAGUGUCUUCUUCCGCACGUCAACAUCUGCAAGUGAAGCUGCUGAAUAUGCCAAAUCUUUGGGAGAGCAAAGAGCAAGAAACAUGAAGGUGCUACAGGACAGGAUGAAUCUAGAGCAAGUUAAAUGAUUUAAUCCGAUUGAAGCAUUCCCUGGGGAUAUGGUAAUAUUUUCACGGGUUAUUGGUCUUCUGAGAGGACUUUCUACCACAUUGGAUGCUCGCAUAGUAUAUCAUGAUAUCAUGAGACCAUUUGCCGAAUCUGUUCUGCAAGAGAAGAUUGCUAAGGGGCCAUCAGAAAAUGCUCAGUGGAUCAAUGACACACCAGUUCAUUCUGAUGUGGAGGCAAAGCUGAGGCAGAUUUUAGUUGAGUUAGGGAAUGAUGACAAAAUACUUGGAAUCCAGCAUUGGCUUGUUGACAAUGGAAAACUGAACCUCAAUGAAAAUAUUGCUAAUAUUUGGCCAGAGUUUGGAUCAAACGGAAAGAAUCUCAUCAAGGUCCACCAUGUUCUUAAUCAUACAUCUGGUUUGCAAAAUGCUCUGGCCAACCUCAGAGAAGAAAAUCCUUUGCUAAUGGCUGACUGGGAUGAAUGUCUGAAACGGAUUGCUAUGUCAGCACCCGAGACUGAACCUGGCCAAGAGCAGUUGUAUCACUAUCUGUCUUUUGGCUGGCUUUGUGGUGGAAUAAUCGAGCAUGCCUCUGGGAAGAAAUUUCAGGAGAUCCUUGAAGAAGCAAUAAUUCGACCUCUCAACAUUGAAGGCGAGCUAUAUGUUGGAAUUCCUCCAGGUGUGGAAUCUCGACUUGCAUGUCUGACAUUAGAUAAAGAUGAUUUUAGCAAGCUCUCAAAAAUUGCUAGUCGUCCUGAACUUCCCUCCACCUUCCAGCCAGAGAACAUUUCCCAACUAGUAACUGCAGUGCCUGCUUUGUUUAACAUGCUGAACGUUCGUCGCGCCAUUAUACCAGGUGCUAAUGGACAUUGCUCAGCUCGUGCUCUUGCACGCUACUAUGCAGCUCUUGUUGAUGGAGGCCUGGUCCCGCCACCUCAUUCCUCUUUGUCGAAGCCACCCCUUGGUACCCACCCACACAUUCCCAAAUUUCCUUCAGAGAUUACCUCCAAAAAGCAGAAAGGUAAGAAGAGUAAGGCAGAGGGUUCUGCUUCAAAGAAGAAAGGAAAUGGUUAUGAGCUCAAGAUGAAUCACAGUAAAGAUUUCAAGGAUGGUGGAGAAAGUAACAGUGAUGGGUAUACCAGGCUUGCUAAUGAUAGCGCUGGUGGCAGCAGCAGUGAUUCUAGUCCACCCAAAGGCUUUGCAGCCAGCAAAAACUCUCGCCAAAAUAAUGCCAUCAGGAUUUUUAAUAACCCCAGAAUUCAUGAUGAGUUCAUGGGCGUGGGUGAGUACAGGAAUCUAGUACUGCCAAAUGGGAAAUUCGGACUAGGUUUUAGGAGAUUUAGUUCAAGUGAUGGAUCCUUUUAUGGAUUUGGGCACUCGGGUAUGGGUGGAUCCACAGGUUUUUGUGAUAUUAAAAGCAGGUUCGCAAUUGCAGUUACCUUGAACAAAAUGUCACUCGGGACUGCAACUAGAAGAAUUAUUCAGUUUGUUUGUUCAGAGCUAAAUGUUCCGCUACCAGACGAGUUCUCAGUUCUUAGUGAAACCGCACCCGACGAAGAGUUAAGCAUAGCGAGACCUCUGAUUAACUGAAGACAAGGACUCUUCUCAUUGUCAACAUGUACUGUGCUAUCCAUGAUAACCUCAGCCCAAAAAUACAUAAAUUAUUUAUACUGAAUACAAUCGUGUCAAUAGGAAAUUGUAAAACAUUUACAGCUAUCAUUUAUAAGGUUAUACGAGGAGUUUUAUAAAC